AUGGCAGCGACAAGCGCCCCACUGCGCCACCAGGUAAUCCGGAUAUACAAAGACCUGCUCUACCUCUCACGAGACUAUCCUCAAGGCUACGCCUGGGCCCGAUCACGCCUGCACAAAGCCUUCUCAGCGCAAGCGCACCUGCAGGACGAAGAGACGAUCAAGAACGGCAUCCGGCGCGCCGAGUUCGUGAAGAAAGUGCAGGGUAGGAACUAUGUACAAAAAUGGCUACAACAGGGCCGUGGGACCGGGGAUAUCACUGAAAUGAACGAGAACAAGAACGAGAACGAGAACGAGAACGAGAACGAGAACGAGAACUAG